UACAUGUCAUUUCCUUGCAUCCACCAGAAUUUCGCAAGCUAACUAUAUUUGAAGUGAUACGUGAUUCUUAUCUAGGGCAUACUGUAGAUUUAGCCAUUGCAAUACACUGGCUUGCCGGGGGUAUGUUGCAAUUGAAUUAUUUUAGCCAUAAACCUUAUUUGAAAAUGUAACCGGCACAUCACCUUGUAAGUGUUAAUCGCUCAAUAAGUAAAAUGCAGAUAGCCUAUUUAAGACAACGAUAAAAAAGCUGCGUGCAUUUUAUUUAUCAGAAAUAAAACCCUCUAUUAGACCGUCUAAUCCCGGUUUAUGCCCGUUUUCGCCGUUUGAUCGUGAAAUUCCAGUGGUUUGACUGAUAAGGGUAGCCUACUUGUGAACCAGAGUUGCAGUUCAGGCACAGUUUUAGGCUUCUUGCCCACUAUGCGUAUUUUUGAUUCGAUUCUUCCCUGUCUGGGAUCCUGUCAUUAUACCGCUACUUUUGUUGAGAACAGAUUUAUCUCUAGGAAUUACCUAAAUACUGACCUGACAGUCCACUCAUUACACGGUAGCAUGACAAAUAAGCGAACCUAAAAUGAGUAAUUACACGGCAUUGUUUUAGUAGUUUAGUUCUGGGGAAUGUUGAGUGUACUAUACUUGGUAUGGGACAGUUGCUCAAAAUCCAGAUUUUCUUUCUUUUUUGUUGUCCUCAUAAUGUCAUUUUUCUCUGUUCUAUAUGACCUACACAUUGCUUACAUUCACAACUAUAAAUAUCCACAUAUUAAUAUUGUGGAGGGAGAUAUCCGUAUCCGUGAUAUGUUAAUAUUCUUGGGACCCUCUACACAGCCUCCACCACCUCAGUAUUUUUUAUGAGCCAUGUCCCAGAAGAAGUUCUUCCUGGUUCUGCUGGUGAUCAGUAGCGUCAGCCUCUUGUUGCACCACGGAGGACACUUCAGCUGCACCUCUGUUUGUGGUUCUCUGUGCCCCUGGUGUAGGACCAUAAAGGCCUUCCUGGGCUGCCCCUCCCUGCGGCCCCUCCCCUCAUCGGGGCUGAAGGCCAAGCAUACCAGCGUCGCCUUCCUGAAGACGCACAAGACGGCCAGCACCACCGUGCAGAACAUCCUGUUCCGCUUCGCCGAGCGCCACAACCUGACGGUGGCGCUGCCGGUGCAGGCGUGCGCCCACCAGUUCUGCUACCCGCGCCCCUUCAGCGCCCGCUUCGUGCACCCGCACACCGUGCCCGCCCGCGUGGUCGCCAGCCACAUGCGCCUCAACGCCAGCGAGCUGCGCCGCGUCGUGCCCGCCGACGCCGUCUACGUCACCAUCCUGCGCGAGCCGGCCGCCAUGUUCGAGUCGCUCUUCAGCUACUACAACCAGCACUGCCUCAGCUUCCGCCGCGUGCCCAACGGCUCCCUGGAGGCCUUCCUGGACGACCCCUGGCGCUACUACCGCCCGGAGGAGAAGGACUCCAUGUACGCCCGCAACACGCUGACCUUCGACCUGGGCGGGGAGAAGGACCGCCCCCCCGCGGACGCGGCCUACGUGGCGGCGCUGGUCGGGGAGGUGGAGCGGGUCUUCUCCCUGGUGAUGAUCGCCGAGCACUUCGACGAGUCGCUGGUGCUCCUGCGCCACCUGCUGUCCUGGGACCUGGAGGACGUCCUGUACGUCAAGCUGAACAUGCGCAGCCCCGGGUCCCGCCGCAGCCUGGGCGCCGGCCUGCCCGCCCGCAUCCGGGCCUGGAACGCGCUGGACGCCCAGCUGUACGACCACUUCAACGCCUCCCUGUGGCGGCGCCUGGCGGGCCUGGGCGCGGCCUGCGUGGGGCGGGAGGUGCGGCUCCUUCGCCGGGCCCGGGACAGGCUGGUGCGCGGCUGUUUCGGCGGGCGGCUGCCCCAGCUGCGCCCCGCCACCCAGAUCCGCAACAAGGAGCUGCGGCCCUGGCAGCCCAGCGCCCGGGUGGACAUCGUGGGCUACGACCUGCCCCACAACGGCUCGCGCCCGGCGGGGCCGUCCCAGGACGUGUGCCUGAAGCUCAUCAUGCCCGAGGUGCAGUACUCCCAGCGCCUGCUGCGCAUCCAGUCCCUGCGCUACCGCAGGGGCUACCCAAAGCGGCUGCCCCCGCCCCUUCGCCCCACGCUGGCCCGCCGCCGCCUGCACGUGGGGUCCUUCCGGGACUUCCUGGGCCCCGCCCUCAACCAGCGGCCCGCGGGGUCGCAGACCCGGGCCGGGAGGGGCGGCCGAUUCUCACGCCGGCAGCUGUCGUAGGGCCGAAUCUCCAUGGCAACAGGCUGGGAUGGGCUGUCUGGCCCCGCCCUGACGCAACGUCGCCCUUCCUG